AUGGAUUCAAUAUCGUUCGGUGACCAAAACUCGGGGCCUCAGCUUGGGAUCAAUAACGGGACAGUCAAUGUUUUCUCCCGGCCACAAAAUACAGAUUCCCCACAUCGGACGGUGGAUAACAAGAUACUCGCAUCACUGGCAUUUCCGCAUAUGCUAAACCGAAGAGAUAACGUCGAGCCAUGUCAUACGAAUACCUGUCAAUGGAUCUUAGAACUGGAAAAGUUUCAAUUUUGGAGGAGUGAACCUCGUGGUCUACUGUGGAUAAAGGGCAAACCAGGUGCCGGAAAAUCGACAUUGAUGUCAUUUCUACACAAGAAACUUGGGAGUUCACAGAAAGACAACCAGGGUAUCCAGCUCGACUUUUUCUUCACCGCCCGAGGCACAGAGAUGCAACGUACACCAUUGGGCAUGUUUCGAUCUUUACUGAAUCAAAUAUUCUUGUACGAUGCGACCAUCCGGUCUCAGGUACGCGAGGCCUAUGAGCACCGGUGCAAACUGUUUGGGUGGGAAGAAGGUAUUUGGACUUGGCCACAAACGAUGCUUGAAGAACUACUGGUAGACACCGUCCUUUCUAGUCGACAACGUGUGACGAUUUUCGUCGAUGCUCUGGAUGAGACUGGAGAUGUCUCUGCUCCACAAAUCGCAUCAUUCUUCCAUCAACUUCUUGACCGGGCAGAGCGAAAGAACGCUGCUAUCCGAAUCUGUAUCUCAUGUCGCCACUAUCCUAUCAUUUGCAGUACCCAAACCUUAGAGAUACAUGUUGAACACCAUAACGGCAAGGACAUCGCCACAUAUAUUAGGGAUAUACUUGCCCAGAUAGAGGUCGAAGACAGCCUUAGCGAAGACACGAGACAGGUGCUGAUCAAAAGGUUAACCCAGCAAGCUAAUGGUAUUUUCCAAUGGGUUCGUCUUAUCAUGCCCUUGACACGACGGAGAAUACACGAAGGCGAGACGUCUGAGGACAUAUGUUCCUGGUUACACGAGGUCCCAGACGGCCUAGAAGAUGUGUAUAGGUACAUUUUGAAAGAAGUGAUAGACGUGCGCAACUUGAAGCAAUCUUUCUCGCUAUUCCAAUGGCUAAGCGUAGCCGAACGACCACUGGCUUUGAAAGAAAUACGGUAUGCUUUGGUGGCCGGGGACGCGCAGAUAACAGGCGCUCUAAAGCCCAUAGAGAAGAUUCACGGUUUUGUUGAAAGCGACAAACGAAUGAAGAUAAGAAUCAAUGUGCUUUCGGGUGGAUUAGCCGAAGUUGUCUCAAGCAAGGAUUCGGACGAAUUCGUACAGGUGGUGCACCAGUCCGUCAAUGAAUUCUUACGUGCAAAAGGGCUGGCUAUGAUGAGUGAUAUGCUCGGAACAAGUAGCCCAACCCGAAAAAACGAAGAAAUUUACUUCCAAUCCCACGCAGUUCUCUACCGAACUUGUCUUAUCUAUUUGAUGAUUCAUUUCCUUCGUGGGGGCUUUCCAAGGGAGCUCCACGAGACGAAGAGUGAGCUCAUCCGAAACCAUCCAUUACUUGAUUAUGCCACCCACAACGUGUUUGUCCAUGCAGAAAAGGCUGCUCACUGCCGUAGACUGAGAUCGCUUGACGAAGAAUAUAUUCUGUCGAAAGUGGUGACUCAUUGGGUACAAUUAUACCAGUCCCUCGACGUUUUUAACCCAUUGUGCCCACCCUCAGGCGCCAGGUUGAUUCACAUAGCCGCAGCCGCAAAUCUCGUUGAUAUCUUGGAGCGCGUGUCCUUGGACGAUAGUGAAUGUGCGAUGUCCGACAAAUUUGGAAAUACAGCCUUUCAUUUCGCCGCGCGAUGCGGCCACAUCUCGGCGGGAACGAUUCUAUUGCACAAAGGAAACGACUUCAAGGUAGAAAAUGAGCUCAAGAUGACUCCAUUGACUGUGGCUGCUAGUUACGGGCACAUGGACUUUGUCAAAUGGCUCAUAUGCGAGGGUGUGCAUCUUGAAGAUACAAUGGGCGACGCCCACAGUGCUCUUCAAAAUGCUUCCCGCCAGGGGCAUCAGAAUGUUGUUGAGCUUCUGAUUGGAGCCGGUGCCAAUGUCAACGCCCAAGGUGGUGAAUAUGGUAAUGCUUUACAGGCUGCUUGUGCAGGGGGGAGUAAUAGUGAGAUUGUGGUCAACACGGUACUGCCUUGCGAGCUGCUUGUGCAGAGGGGGGGCAGCAGUGAGAUCGUACAGCUGCUCCUCGACGCUGGUGCCGAUGUCAAUUUGCAAUAUGAUCAACACGGCCCUGCCCUGAAUGCCUGUGCUAGGAGCUCCAGAGGCGGCAGAACGCUUGGCGGUUAUAUCAGCUCCCAGGAUAUGACGGAUCAGGAGAUCGUACGGCUCCUCCUCAGCGCUGGUGCCGAUGUGAACGCUCAGGGUGGUGAAUAUGGGACUGCUCUCCAAACCUAUGCAAACGCGGCGGACUCACACAUUAUAAGGAUACUUCUCGACGCUGGUGCCGAUGUAAACGCCCAGGGUGGCAGAUACGGGACUGCCCUACAAGCUGCGGGUAGAGAAAAUGGCAGACAAGAGAUUAUACAGAUGCUCCUCGAGGCUGGCGCCGAUGUCAACAUCCAGGCUGGAUUUUAUGGCACUGCACUCCAAGCCGCCUCUCAAGGACGGGGGAACUGUAAGAGCGUGCGGAUGCUCCUCGAUGCUGGUGCCGAUGUCAACACGAAAGGUGGCUAUUAUGGUACUGCUCUGCAAGCCGCUUGUGCCAAAAACCAUGAUGAUGAGAAUGUUGAGAUGCUCCUCGAUGCUGGCGCUGAUGUCAACGCUCAAGGAGGUCGGUAUGGGUUUGCCUUGCAGGGUGCCUGUCGAUUUCAGGAAACCAGUAGGAUCGCACAGAUACUUCUUCGCGCUGGCGCUGAUGUGAACGCCCAAGGCGGGGAUUACCGCACUGCACUACAGGCUGCCUGUAGAAACAGGCGAGACAAUGGGAUGGUAAAGAUAAUCCUCGAUGCUGGUGCUGAUGUUAAUGCUCAGGGUGGAGAAUUCGGAUCAGCCCUUUUGGCAGCUGUCUUUUGUGGGCAUCUUGAUCGGAUAGAAGUUCUUCUUCGGGCUGGGGCAAAUCCGUCACUUGUGGACCGACUUGGACAGACUCCUCUACAUGUCGCAGCCUCGGAGAAUAUGCUCACCGUUCUUCAUCGCUUCCCGGUGUUCCUCUCGUCUAUCAAUGUACGAGACAAGCUUCUACGUUCCCCAAUUCAUCUGGCCAUUUGCCUGGGUCAUAUCGACUUUGCCACGCAUCUCCUCCAAUUUUUCACUGAUCCAUUUCUUCUAGAUGGAUAUGGUAGAAACAUACUGGACUGGGCAGUUGGAAACAAAAGCUUGGUGCGCCAGAUUCGAACCCACCACCCUUCAAUUGUUACGACGCCUAAAGAAAUCCAAGCACGUGUCGUUUGCCAAUCCAUUAUGGAACUAUCAAAAAUGCUUCAAACCCAGCCCGAUUUCUUAUGGCCACUUAUACAGCAACUGGGUCGAUAUCUUCUCUUCGUCAACAACCUAGACGAUGCUCGGUUUUUACUCCAGCUACAUUUGAGCCAGAGAGGUUCUCCCGCGGGCGCUAGCUUCACAAUUUACUGUGUCAUUUGUGAUGAUAACAUCGAACAAUCUCGCUUUGUCUGCAGAGAAUGCGCUCAUAUGGAUCUAUGUUCAUACUGCGUGGAGAAUGAAGAGUUCCACAGUCGAUUACACCCAAACCAAGCGCACGUCACCUUCGAAUUAACUGAGGUUCAAGGAGCCGGGCCUCACGAGCAAAAUGUCCAUGUGAAGCUUGCGGGCGAUCCGACCACCUGCUAA